AUGAACGACAAUACGCCUCAAGAUGUGCUCAUCAUGGUUACAGGCCUCAGUGGUUCAGGGAAAAGCUCUUUCAUUCAGUCUCUUGUCGCCGAUGACAACGUAGAGAUUGGACAUGACCUGCUGUCCUGCACAAGCAAAGUCAGCUUCUUUCCGCUCCAGCAUCAUAGUGGCUGCAGGGUAUUCUUGGUGGAUACACCGGGCUUUGAUGAUACAUACAAGUCAGACGGUGAAAUUCUCCAGAGUCUCGCCUUUGUCCUCGCACAAACUUACAGCCAGCGACUCUUCGUUGCUGGGGUCAUCUAUACGCACCCUAUCACCACAAUCCGACUCGGCGGUAGGGCAACUCGCAGCUUGGAGAUUCUGAAGAGGUUGUGCGGUGAACAAGCAUAUUCCCGCAUUAUCUUUAUCACAACAAUGUGGAACAUUUCCGAGAGAGAUCCAAACAUACUGCGCGAUGCGGUUAAGCGCGAAAAAGCUUUAUCGAACAGCAAGGUGGCGUGGGGAGCCCUAUGUGACAAGGGAGCAAACGUCAUGCGCUGGAAAUCGAUGCAGAACGGCUCCAGCAUGUCCAUUAUCGACCAUGUUAUCAAUACAUACUGGCGAGAAGGACCAAUUGUUCUCAGUUUACAACAACAGCUCGUCGAUGAAGGGCGAAUCUUGUCGAAAACCGACGUAGGCGUGGCUAUAAACCAAGCCAUUAGGAAUGCCCUCGCAAGCCAGCAUAAAGAGGAGCGCGAGCUGGAGGUAGAGCUCCAGAGGGGGAAAUAUGAUGUUGAAGAUCAUGAAAAUUCGCGUCAAGCCCUUUCCAAGGCACUGGAGACAGUCGAGGCACUGUUGCAAUCACAAAAGAAGCUUUUGGCCGACUUCAGGGAACUAGCAAAGCAGGAGACACCGGCAUAUGCAGAAGCAUUGAAGGAUAUUCAAACAGAUGAUGGCAAGCGGUCGACGCUCACCAAGGAAGGAAAUGAUACUGCCAUGCUUGGACAAAAAACAACACCGAAAGUGCAAGAAGGCAGCGCAAAGAACAGGAUAUCCAACAGACUCUUCAGCAACAGCCAAGAGACACUGAUCAACAUUGCUGACGAUGAAUACGGAACCAGGGUUUCAAGGAAAUAUGGUAGUAGCAGCAGCUUCAAUACUGGAAGAGCCAGUGUCAAGCAAACGGUCACGCCGUCGAGGUCUCAAGAAAGGCUCAAAAAGCGACAGGUUUUGCAGAAAAAUCUGGUUCCCCUACUUGAGAUCCUUGUGGGCAUAGGAAUUGCCGGGGCAGGCGCUGCGGUGCCGCCUAUGAUUGGACCUGGUAUCGCUGCUGUGGUUGCAGGUAUAUCAGGUCUCGACUUCUCAAGGAAGAAGGACAAGGAUGGUGAUGACGGGAUACUCGGUCGUUAUAAACGCCAGAAGAAUGAAAAGCAUGCAGACCACGACGGGGACGGAUUGGACUUUCAGGACUCGUGA